UGUUCUUCUUGAUCUAAUACAAAAGUUAUGAUUUCGAUUUUGGACUUUAAAAAAGAAGCAUCUGUGGCAUGUUAAAUUUUGCAUUAAUUAACAUAUGGCCUAUCUCACCAGUGCAAUGCUCAACAUUUCUUCAAAUUUAGAACUACAACAACAAUGUCUCUGCUAUUCAUCAUCUUCUUCUCCUUAAUCUUCCACUACCCAUUAGUUUCCCCCCAAAAAACACUCUACGCACCCAUUCAAAAAGACCCAAUCACCCUCCUCUACACCAUAACACUUCAUCUCAAAACCCCUCCUCAGCCCACAAAACUACACCUCGACAUCGGAGCCUCCUUCACAUGGCUGGACUGCACCAAUUACACUUCGCCCAAAUCUAAACGCAUUUCUUGCUCUUCUCCGAUCUGCGCUUCUUUUCACACCUAUGCAUGCGCUAACCACUCCUGCUCUCUUUACCCUGAAAAUCCCAUCACUCGUCAAGCCACUCUCGCCGCUGCUUUCACCGACACGCUUUCACUACCGGAAGCCGAUAAUGGAUCGUCAGCUCCGGUUCAAUUCGUACCCGUACCCGGUUUUGUUUUCUCAUGUUCGAGAACCUUCCUUCUUAAUGGACUGGCUAAAGACGUAGCUGGACUCGCCGCGCUCGGCCGGUCUAGUCAUUCACUUCCGGCGCAGAUUACCACCGCCGUCUCUUCUCCGCGGCGUUUUGCGCUUUGUCUGUCUAGCUCAACCGGCGUCGUUUUGUUUGGGAGUAGCGGCGGCGGCGGUUCUUAUUCAAACUCACUAGUGUACACAAAACUCAUCGUAAAUCCAGUGGGGUCCACUGUCAUAUCAUACGGUCAGCAACCGUCGGAUGAGUAUUUCAUAAGUUUGACUUCCAUCAAAGUCAACGGGAAACCGGUUAAUUUCAACAGGUCGCAAAUACAAAUAGAUGAGAACGGUUACGGCGGAACAAAAAUCUCCACCGACACCCCGUACACUAUUCUAGAAAGUUCCAUUUACGAGGCGUUUGUGAAAUUAUUUGUGAAUGAAUCAGCUGGUUUGAAUCUUACGGUAACGAAUGCAGUCAAGCCGUUCGAUGUGUGUUACAAAGCGAGUGAUGUGAUCGGAACGCGUGUGGGUCCGGGUGUUCCGACCGUUGAUUUUGUGAUGGAGAGUGAUGAUGUGUUUUGGAGGAUUUUUGGGUCGAAUUCAAUGGUGAGGAUUGAGAGAGAUGAUGUUGAUGUGUGGUGCUUGGGGUUUGUUGAUGGUGGGGUCAAUAUGAGGAGUGCUGUGGUGAUUGGUGGGCAUCAGAUGGAGGAUAAUGUAAUUGUGUUUGAUUUAGAUGAAAAUAGAUUUGGAUUUAGUUCUUCCCUUUUGCUCAAAGGGACUAAUUGUGCUAACUUCAAAUAUUAGUUCCACUUUUCAUAAAAGAAGAAAAAAAAUUGUUCCAUAUUCUAA